AUGCUCCCACUGAAUACACAAGUACAGCGCUCCCUUGCAGCAGCUGCCGUACCAGACACAUGGCCAUCCCUUGCAGGAGAGGCAGGGGUAGGAACAGAAGCAGGAGGAGGAGAAGGUAUAGGAGCAGGAAGCAGCGGGGCAGGAGAAGGGGCAGGAGGAGGUGUGGUGAGAGCGGUAGCAGCAGCACUGCCAUCUGUUGUAGGCAUAGUGGUGGGAGGGACAGUGUGGGGCUCUGGGGUGAUCAUCUCCCCCUCAGGCCUCAUACUCACCAACGCUCACAUCCUCACUCCCUUGCUCAAGCAGCAGCAGCUGUCAGUUCAGAGAACGAGCAUCGUCUCUCGGAUCGUCACAGUCGUCGUGGAGCACGAGCAGCAGCAAGAGCAGAAAUUCAAGACCUUUCCCGUUCUGCUUUCAUCCUCUCCCCCCCCCCCCCAACCCCCUCUUUUCCAGCCACCCCCCCAUCAGUCUUCUCAGGCAUCAUCUCUUGAGUCGUCACAGUCAACCUGGAGCACGAGCGACAGCAAGAGCAGAGACUUAAUACCUUUCCCGUUCUGCCUUCAUCCCCCUCCACCCCCCCUCCCUCCCCCUCUUCCAGCCACCCCCCCAUCAGUCUUCUCAGGCAUCGUCUCUCGGAUCGUCACAGUUGACCUGGAGCACGAGCAGCAGCAAGAGCAGGGAUUUGAUACCAAGAGCAGCAGCACUAGCGCACCUGAUUGGUUGAACGGCGGGCGGCAACAGGUAGAGACGUGUCUAAGUACAGUGGAGCGAAGAGGGGAGGAGGCGCACAGGAGCAAAGGAGGGCAGAGAGGGGGGAGGGUGGCAGCGAUGGUGCUGACGACUGCAGCAGUGCAUGCCGGGGCGAGUGGAGGCGCGGUGGUGAACGCACAGGGGGAGAUGAUUGCACUGGUUACAAGCAAUGCGAAGCACAACCGGCACGGCACCAUCCUUCCGCACCUCAACUUCUCCAUCCCUCUCGCCCUCCUCCUCCCCAUCUUCCACUUCGCUUCAUCCCUCCACUCUUCCCUCCACUCCUCCCUCCACUCCUCCCACCACUCUUCCCACCAUUCCGCCCACCACACCUCCCACCCCCCUCAUUUUCCUCCUCCUCCUCCAUUCUCCCCUGCGUGGGCCUCCGGCGUCCAUCCCCUUCUCUCUCGCUUCCUCCUCCCCCUCAACACCCCCUCCGCUGCCAUCCACUCCCUUUGGUCCCUCGCCCCCUCCUCCCAUCUCACUCCCCCCGACAUCCCUCAAGUCUUGGAUUCCCCUCCCUGCCCAUCCACGCUCUCUGUCCCUCGCCCCCUCCUCCCAUCUCACUCCCCCCGACAUCCCUCGUCCCCCGCCGUCUCUCUCUCACCUCAUCUCCCCUUCAGUCCAGACUCAUAG